AUGAUGUUCAUGGUUGUGAAAAGAAAAUACACCCGCAUGGGACUAACGGCAUUUGUCUUCUUAAACCUUUUCUACUACUUUCUGUGGACUUUUCUGCUGAAUUUGCCUCAGCUCGAAUUAGAUAAUCUAGAUUCUCUCUCAGCGUCGCUGAAGUUAUCUGGCUUGGAACUUGAAUCUUCCAAACGCUUCAACAAACUAGCGAAUGAGCUAAUGAAGAGAAAACUCCGAGAAGACCCCGAGGACGUUUUCUAUGCAUUUGAUACCACAAUUACAGCCGAUAAGACAGAGCUCAAGAUUCCAAACUAUAUUGGAGCACCUGAGGAGGAGCGUCUCGCCCGUGCUCCAUUUGACCCACGUUUCACAUUGGCAGCCUAUUAUCAAUAUUUGAUAGAAGAUACGCGGCCACUAAAAAAAAUAGCGCUUCCUUUCCACUGGUCUGACUGGGUUGAUCUCCAUCAAUUGAACAGCCAAUACUACAAAUCAAAGGGAAGGAUCUCAUGUAAAGACUUCGACCACCGCCAAUAUGAGAAUGAAACCUAUUCUCAUGACGACGAUGAUGAAUUACAUAGAGGUGCCGCCGACUUAAAAGAUUUUUGUCGUGAUACUUUGGACAAGAAUUCUGCUUUCGAAAUGCGAAUGGAAUUGUUCGCUCAUGGUGGCAGAAUGUUGCCCGAAAAUGCCAUUUUGGCAGGAAAAGCGUAUCUCUAUACAUCAGCGCCAAAUCCAAUUUCCAUUUUAUUUCUUACAAAAGAAGGCUUCUAUCAUAUUCCACUCCUGAGCACACGCAAGUCGAUCUUACAAGGCAAUGCCGUUGCUGCAUCAUUGGCAGCCUACAAAAAUACGCAUGAACUGGUCAAUACACUUGACCUCUUCCUCCAAUUGAAAAAAAUUCGUCCCGUUCAGAACGAAUAUGUUGUAGAAGCUUAUGAGGUCAGUCUUUCACACGAAGACUUUGUUUUGGAUAUUGAAAAGCUUCAAGAUGACUUGGAAAACACACAAAGACAAAAGAAUUUGACUAUGCACGAGUAUAGCUUCCAAAGAUCCAUUGAAGAAUCUUUGGCUAAGGGUAAAGAAGCUCCUAAGUAUUUCAGUGAAGCCAAGGUUUAUGACUCUCCAAUCGGCGACCAUUACGACUGGCGGUUCUUUAAUGGUAUUGCGUAUCACAAUGACGAAAAGCCUUUGAUUCUUCACCGAAUGACUCGUUCUUGGCUCUCAUUUACUCGCAAAGUUGGGCUCAAAACAUGGGUGGCACAUGGCUCCCUCUUAGCAUGGCAAUUUAAUGGGAUGGGCUUUCCUUGGGAUGAUGAUGUUGAUGUGCAAAUGCCAAUUCAAGAAUUUUUGAGCAUGUGUAGACACUUCAACCAGACCAUGGUCGUUGAAGAUACCGAGGAUGGCUUUGGACGCUACUUUUUGGAUUGUGCCACGUACGUGACACAAAGGGCUCACGGAAAUGGGAACAAUAACAUAGACGCAAGGUUCAUUGAUGUAGACAGCGGCUUUUACAUUGAUAUCACUGCUCUCGCUGUCAGCGAGGAGAGGAUUGAUGCACGUUUCAAAGAUAAAAUUCCUCAAAGCUUGAUAGACCGGGAGGCUCUGACUGAAGAGAUCAACAAAUCCUUGAGAUUGUACAAUUGCAGAAAUUAUCAUUUUGUGAGCCUCGAGGAAAUUUCCCCUCUCGUGAGAACUGUUUUCGACGGGGAAUGGGCCUACGUUCCAUUAAACUACCCAGUUUUACUCGGAAACGAAUAUGGCGACGGUAUUUUUCGAAGAUCCCACCAAGGAAAGCAUUUUGUGGGUCAGUUACGAAUUUGGAUUAAAGAGGAGAUCCUAAUUCCAUUUCUCCGUCACCCCAAGCAAUGGAGAGAAUAUUACGAGAAUAGGGGCAGAGUCCCUCUGGAAAAACCAAAGCAAAUAGAUGGGGAAUUGACCGGUGAAGAGCUGUUCAGGUUGCAAAAUCUCUCAGAAGAUGAGUUGCUCCGUCUUCUACAGCACGAUGAAGUUUUUCUCCGAUACCAGAAAACCAGAGAUACCACUUUAUUUCACGAGUUUGAGAGUAUGAGGCUCUUGCACAAAAAAUCCACAGCUGCUAUGGUCAAGCAGGUACCAGAUUUGCCUCCUUUCCGCUACGAUCCGUUUUUAUUUCUGAUGCGCCAGCAAUAUUUAACUUUUGAGACAAAAGAGGCCAGGUAUGAAGAGUUGUUCGAGGCGUCUAAAGAUGAAAUAAUGGUCAAUUGGCUCAAGAGCAUAAAGUCAAUCAAGAUGUGA